AUGAAAGGAGGGGGUUUUCUCAAAACCCUUCGCAGAACUUUGCUCACUCCCCACCCCCAUAAACCUACCUCUCCCAUCCACCUCCAGAUGGAUCCAUUGGAGCGCUAUUGUUACAACCCAAUCUUGCGUUGGAAUCCCGAAGUUGAGGAAUACUUUGUUAAAGCUUAUGGAGCUGACCAUUUUCAUCGCAUUUCCACAGCUCUCACGCGCCCAUCCUGUUACUCUUGUAUACGGGUGAAUACGCUCAAGUCCACGAGUGGUGAUGUUAUUGAGAAGCUUUUGGCUAUUCUACAGGAGAGGAGGCAACAAAAUGGUUCUACUGAUGGAACCAAUGUUUGCCAUAUCUCUGAUGACCUUGCCAAGGCAACUUUGGGCUCCAGAGAAAAUGUUCUUUCAAAUAAAUUUGUACAAGAUUUUUUCAUUGAGAAGUGCCAAAUACCUAGUCUUGACUAUGUAGUUUUUGUCAAAGGUUCGGGACCACACACUAUUGAUUAUGGGCACAGAGCAGACAAACCUCCCAAAGAGGUGGUUGUAAGUCGGAAAUGUGCUGAAGCAGUUCUUCGUGGUGCCCAGGUGUAUGUGCCAGGUGUUUUAGCCUGUAGUGCUCACGUUGAGAAAGAGGAAGUAGUUGCAGUGUCAGUUGGUGUAGAACAGCCUAGCACAACUAGUGGAUGGGGAGUUGGUUUUACUCGUGGGACUAUACUGCAGGGAUCACAGACAGAUCCUUAUUAUUUUGAAAGAAAGGGUCUCUACAUUGGUCAAGGAACCACAACGAUGUCCAGAGCUGGGAUCUUUCGUGCAUCUGAAGGGGUUGCAGUGGAUAUGGUUCAUAGAAUAUAUAAAUUACCUUCCUUUCGCAAUGUACUGGAGGGGGAAAUAUUCGUUCAGAACCUGCCCAGCAUUAUCACUGCCCAUGCAUUAGAUCCUCAGGAAGGAGAAAGGAUAUUGGAUAUGUGCGCAGCUCCUGGAGGGAAAACCACUGCAAUUGCAAUUCUCAUGAAGGACAAGGGAGACGUUAUUGCAGUUGAUAGAUCUCACAAUAAGGUGUUUGAGAUCCAAAAAUUAGCAGCUGAAUUGGGGUUGAAAUGUAUAUCCACAUACAAGCUUGAUGCACUGAAAUCUGUCCAACGGAUGAGUGCAUCUGAUAGAAAGGAUAGUCCACAAUGUGGUAAGAAAAUUGAAAGCAUUGGAAUUUCAGAUUCUCUGGCUGCAGGAAUAGAGAAAAUACCAUGCACAGCUAUAGGUGGCACACAGGCCACCCUUGAGCAAUUGGGGAAUGAAAGUCAUGUUAGUAAAGCUGAGCUCAGGAAAAAUAAUCGGAAAUUGAGGAAUGGACCUGGAAGAAAUAACUGCUUAGGUGGCAGAGUUGAAAAGUCGAAAGGAUUUCUACCAAAUAGCUUUGACCGGGUUCUCCUAGAUGCUCCUUGUUCCGCUCUUGGUUUGAGACCUCGACUAUUUGCUGGAGAGGAGACCAUGGAAUCAUUGCGGACCCAUGCCAAGUAUCAAAGACGAAUGUUUGAUGAGGCUGUGCAGCUUGUGCGCCCUGGUGGAGUUAUUGUGUAUUCAACAUGCACAAUAAACCCUGGUGAAAAUGAGGCAUUGGUUCGAUAUGCAUUGGACACAUAUAAGUUCCUCUCACUGGCAUCACAGUUUCCAAGAGUAGGGGGACCUGGACUCGUUGGUUGUCAUCAAUUUUCUGAUGAAUAUAAAGAGGAAUGGUUAAGACAUGGUGAGGAAGAUCUUGUUCAGAGAUUUGAUCCUUCAUCUCCACUUGAUACAAUAGGCUUUUUUAUAGCCAAGUUCAGUGUUGGUUCCAAAGAUGUCUAA